GCACGCCAAAAGGUAUUUUGCAAUGUAUUUACCUACGGCCGGUUUUGAAAUAGCUGAGACAGAUAGAUAUUCUGGUUCGAUGAAACGAGAGGCUUGUAUAAUCGCCACGAAAGAGUGGCAUGUAGGCGACGAAAUUCGGCAUUGUUCUGGUACACUUGUUAGCCUAACCACAGAAGAAGAAAGAGCAUUAGAAGGUGGUCGAGACUUCAGUAUUAUGUGGUCAUCAAGGAAAGAUACGAUGUGUUUAUUGUUGGGACCAGCAAGAUUUGUUAAUCAUGACUGUUGUCCCAAUACGGAAUUUAUCUCAUCUGGACAAAAUGCAAUAGCGUUUAAAUUUCUUCGUGAUGUUGCAAUUGGAGAAGAAUUGACAGCUUAUUAUGGUGAUAAUUAUUUUGGAGCCGGAAACGAAGAGUGUCUUUGUGCAACAUGUGAGAGAAAUAAAACGGGAUCAUUCCGUACCGAAGAUGAUGGUGUAGUUUUGAAAGAAGGUUUACGACCAUUUGUUUACGAUGAUAAGGGCAAACUUAUUCGGCGCAGCGUUUUACGACGGAGGAAGUCUGGUCUUCUGACUAAAAGCUCAAAAAACAAACAAUUGGACAAACAAACUGAAAAACCCUUACAACCUACAACUGACAUUGAUUGUGCCACUGGUAGUGUCACGCAACAUACUGCGACUACCACAAUUUCAUUACCGACAAGAGCAGAACCUAUGAGUUUCCGUACAAUGAUUUCUUCUGCUCGUCAGUACAACAACGCAAACCGUUUGUUAGCUUCAGUAUCAGAAAAUCAACAUAAUAGUGGCAUUUCGCAAAAUCCUUUAUCCUCACCAUCAAUGGCAAGAACAGCGAGUACAUGUUUUAAUUCUGAAAUGGAAAGUUCUUGGGCUGGUGUUAAUGUAGUUGCAUCACCAGAAAUCAGGGUUGAAUGGGGAAUAACGAUCUUUCGUAGAGUAAAUACGCCGACUCAUCAAGGUGUAAACGCUUCGCUGUCAAAUAAUUUUGGAGUAACUGGUCAGAGUAAUAGCCCGUUUACUCCUGCGGGCGGUAGUUCACGGAUGUCUAUUGCAUAUUUGUGUAGUAAUGAUAUAUCAGAUUCUAGUUCUAAGGCCAUAGUAAUUGCUGGUCCUUCUUCGGCAGUUAAUGCCCAGCAAGAAGUCACGCGACGCUGCAAGAUAUGUAGCGAGAAGUAUUCUAGUACGUUUGACUACAAAGAGAGAAGAUGUCCAAGAUGCACACGACAUUUUAACUUAUUCUGUAUUGAAUGGCCUUUGCGCAAAACGCCCAAUCAAAAAGUCAAGGCAAGGGACGAUAAUCGUAGCAAAAGCGGAAAGAAUCGCGUCGAAUUUAUGAACUCUUCACGUAGAAUGGAUAAAACUGCUCCAAGUAAAGGGAAGAGUAAGCAGACCACAAGGCCACGAAAUCGUAAUCAACAAAGUUUGCCUGAACCUGAACCGUCAGGAGAGUGGGAGCCAUUUUCUACUCCAGGUUUUAUCGUUAAUACUAUCAGAUAUAAUGGAAAAGAUUGUAUUCCUAGCAUUGCAUACGAAUACAAUUAUCAAGGCGAAACAAUCCGUUGGGAUGCUCUAACAGGAUUCGUACACAUGAACCCGAUAAAGAAGUUGAUGGGUAAUCCUAAUUUCAAGAUUGAAAAAUUGAACUGCUACCAACCAAGUUGGAAUGUUGAUAAGUUUGUCAUUGUGGGUGGUAACAUUAAAUACCAGGGCACGUGGUUUCCAUAUCAUAAUGCACGGAAGGUCAUUGCAGAGGUGCUAGGAUUAGACAAUCAAGGAUUUGUUCCAAUAUUCGGCCCAGGGUAUAGAAGUAACGAUCAUAGACCAGUCAUCGUUGUUCCUCGAGGGCACGUGCUCACUGAUGACUCAUCCUCCUCAUCUGAAUCAGACGAUGACGUCAUAAUGAGUGAUAUCGAAGUGGAGACUAGUUCCAUCGCUUCUGCCGAUCUUACUUCCAAACAAAGACGAGAAGAGGAUGGCCAUUUUUUGGCUGGACCAUCUAAAAAAUGCAAAUUUUAA